UUUUGUCUCGUGAAUUCUAAUUUUGUUCAUAUUCAAAUUCUAUCUUUUUGUUCAUAUUCAAAUUCUAGCGAUCUUUUUGUUAACUAACAAAAGGACGUUAUCCAAGCUUUCUACAACCAGUCCUCUGGAAGAUAAGAGAAAAGGCUAAAGGUCUAGCAUGGAGAAAAACAUCAUAAACACUGAAAUUGCAGAACAAGGCUCCCCUGAAGUUCCAUCGCUUAUUAGGUAUAUAUCAUCAAAUGAAAUUGCUGGCUUUGAUACUUCAGACACUCAACUUCCCAGGCCAACUGCAAAAGAAAGUGAAGCAAUCUCACCAGAAAGAGAACAUGAUGAAUCUGCAGUCAUCCAUCAUCAAAGGAAGUUAUCUAUUUCUAUCAGCAUGCCACUUUAUUCUGAAGAAGCUCAGCUUCAACCACUGGACACCAUUAUAGAUGAUGGUAUUCCCAUUUCCUCUUCUCAAUCAGGAACUGAUAGCUCUAGCCAUCCACAGCCAUCAAAAUGUUACUCUCAACCAAUGCCAGAAGGCCAUGAGCACCAAGAGGCAGAUAAUCAUCCUGGCAUCAAAGCAUUCAAGGACAAGAGGUUUGACUCUUUCAAAACAUGGUCAGGGAGUCUAAACAGAAAACUAUCAAUUCUACGAAGAAAGCGACAAAGAGAAACUCCACAAGAUGUUAACAACAACUCCAGGAGCACUGAUAGGCCUUUACCUGUUCAUCGGUAUUAUGAUGCAUUGGAAGGUCCAGAGUUAGAAACACUCAGGGCCUCAGAAGAGACAGUGCUUCCUCAGGACAGGAAAUGGCCAUUUCUUCUUCGGUUUCCUGUUUCAUCUUUUGGUAUUUGCCUUGGAGUUGGCAGCCAAGCAAUUCUAUGGAAAGCAAUUGCCACAUCUCCUUCCACUAAAUUUCUUCACAUAAGCCUCAAAAUCAACUUAAUAUUCUGGUUCAUAUCUGUUGCUCUUACUGCCACAGUUUUCACCACCUAUCUUCUCAAAAUCAUCCUCUACUUUGAAGCAGUUCGUCGUGAGUACUACCAUCCAAUCCGUGUUAACUACUUCUUUGCACCAUGGGUAUCUCUUUUGUUCUUGGCUCAUGGUGUUCCACCAUCAGUUACAAAAGACUUGCCCAAUGCUCUUUGGUACAUUCUUAUGACACCAAUAUUGUGUCUUGAACUCAAAAUCUAUGGACAGUGGAUGUCUGGGGGCACAAGGAGGCUCUCAAAGGUGGCCAAUCCUACAAACCAUUUAUCAGUUGUUGGAAAUUUUGUUGGGGCAUUACUUGGGGCUUCCAUGGGCCUCAAAGAAGGGCCCAUUUUCUUCUAUGCUAUUGGGCUGGCCCACUACAUAGUUGUGUUUGUAACUCUCUACCAGAGACUUCCAACAAAUGAGACCCUCCCAAAAGAGCUACAUCCUGUGUUCUUUAUGUUUGUUGCACCACCUGUUGUUGCUUCCAUGGCAUGGGCCAGCAUUCAGGAUUCUUUUGAUUAUGGAUCACGGAUUUCCUAUUUCAUUGGCCUCUUCCUAUAUUUCUCAUUGGCUGUCCGGGUCAAUUUUUUCAGAGGAUUCACAUUCUCGCUUGCAUGGUGGGCCUAUACUUUUCCAAUGGCUAGUACAGCAUCUGCAAGCGUAAGAUACGCAAAUGAGGUCACAAAUGUAGUUACAAAGACGCUAUGUGUUAUACUCAGUCUCAUGUCCACACUCAUAAUAGCAGCAGUGCUUGUAUCAACUAUAUUGCAUGCCUUAGUCUUCAAAGACCUCUUCCCCAAUGACCAUGCCAUUGCCAUAAGUCAUGGAAAAAGAAGGCCAGAAAAGAAGUGUCUAGCUCUUGGAUACACGAGCCAUGACUCCGUAGAGAUUGAUUUAGAAGCUUCUACCCCACUACCAAAUGGCAGAGAGAUCAAUUUACACUCUAUCUGAGGAUAUUUGUUAUAUAUUAUAGAAAUGUGUCCUUCAAAACACAAUAUUAUGAGUUUGCUUGCCUAAUAAUCUUCCAUUAGUUAAACAUAAA